GAAUUUUAUGUACAUACACAAAAUUAGGGCAGAAGCAAUAAUAAAGCGAAGAUCUUCUUCACCACUUCCCCAAAGAGCUGCUUGUGUUCUCACCUUAAUUUUUUGAUCUCAUCAUAUGCGUCAGCGCUUCCAUGUGCAUCCCGGGGUUGUAGCAGUGGUCAGCAAUGAACAGCGUGUAGGCUUCAUUCUCCAGUUGCUCGCCACUGAUGAUGGGUGGAUUCUUGCGGCUUUGACGACCACCGUCCAACAUAUUCAGUGAAUGUUGUUGAACACAGUCUUAAGCUUUCAUCAAGUGCUGCUGUAACUUGCUAUGAAUUUCUGGUUUUUACUUAUCUUGGAAAGAGAAUAUCUUAAUUAUCUCUUUAAGAAUUCUGAUCCUAUGUUAAGGGUUUUGUUGAUCAUUCAGAAACUUAUGCAUGAAGACAAACUCGGGGUCAAAAAGAGCAAUCUACUCACAUAAGGAGAGGAAUGCAGUGGAGCCAAAUGGGAUUUUUGGUUCAAAGCUUAAAUAUUUAGUGACUUUUUUUAAGGAGAAAAAAAAAAACUACCAUCAUAAUUGUAUAAUUUUGACUUGUUGAUUGGAGUUUCUUUUUUCUUUUUUUUUAAUUACAAUAACUAAUCACUUUUUGA